UAUUUGUUUCUGAAAUUGAAAAAGAAACACAAACACAAUCUAAUAAUUCAAAUAUUAUACCAACAGUAAAAAAUCCAUUAAUCAUUCGUAGUAAAGGACGACCAUCUAAUAAAAGAAUCCCCAAAUCUAUAAUUGAUUUAGAUAAUUAUAAAUCUACUUAUAUAGCACAAAAUACAGUAAUACAACCAUUAAAUAAAAUUCAAAAUUUAUCUUCUCCACCUACUACUCAAUCUCCACAAUUUUUUGAAUCUAAUGUUUUUUCUAAUGAAUCAAACUUAG